AUGUAUUGUGGUGGCGGUGAGAGCACGUUGAAGUGUUAUGUUAAGGCCAAGGGAGGGGUGGCUAGAAACUACCUGUGUGUGGGUCGCCACUUGUAUACCGUCACGAAGGAGAUUGGGAAUCUCACUAGGUUGAGGUUGUAUGGUCACUGCAGGGCAUCGGAGGCUUUCAAGGGGAUGAAGUUCAUCGACUGUGAAGAUAAAAAGAAUAAACAAUUAGCUGAGUUUAGAGGUGUCCCUAUGGCACAACCGAAUUGCACGCAUGCGCUUGGCACGGUGAUGGUCUUUCGCACGAGAGAGACGUUGGGGAGAAAUCCAUGGCAUAGUCAUGAGGAAAUACUCACGUUGUUCAUUACUAUGGCAGCACUUGAAUUGGACCCAGGUGAUGUCACUAUUUUGAUCAACCGACCCAAGCCUGACCUGAGAAAAAUUUUCCCAUUAUUGGGUAUAUAUGAGGCUGUGCUAGCCCCUGGUAGAACGGUGUACGCUGAUGAGCUUGCCAAAGAAGGGGGGACAGUGUGCUUUGAAAAAGUCAUUUUCCCAGUGCCCCCGGAGCAAGCAUUUCACACUAAACUGCCCUUGAAAGGCUGCGGGCGAUCGUCCAUCCUGAUGGCUUAUCGAGAUCACUUGAUGAAGGUGUAUAACGUUACGCCGAGACCAGCGUUGGCAGUCCAGCGUGUGCGUAUAACUGUCAUAUCUCGCGGGAUGGGGUUUAACAGAAGAGCGAUAAAUGAGGGUGUGAUGGUGGAGUCACUUAAAAGGCCAGGGAGGGAGGUACGCCUUGUCAAGUUCGGCGAGCUGGAGUUGCAGAAACAGUUGGAAACUGCGGCCAAUACUGAUAUACUCCUGGGAGUGCACGGGGCUGCACUGUGGUGGUUGAUAAUGCUACCAGACUGUGGUCAAAUCCUGGAGCUUGGCACUGGAGCUGAUGGUCACUAUAGAAAUCUGGCAGCUUAUCGCGGUGUUAGCCAUACCUUUUUGAAACAGAAACUUGGCCAUACGACUGUGGAAUUCAAGUGGGAUAUUAUUCAGCUUGGCGAGGCUGUUGGUGAAGCGGAGAUCAAAUGGCGCAAAUGCAUGACUUCAGCAUGA